UAAUUUCUUCCUCAUAGAUUGCUUGCCAACGUAAAGUCUGCUCGAGUUAAAUAUGUGCACUGGAGCAGUGAUAUGAGCCAUGUUGCUUUCUUCAGCAAGCAUACCCUUACCAUGUGCAACCGUCGUCUCGAUGUUUUGUGUACCAUUCAGGAGAACUGCAGAUUGAAAAGUGGUUCAUGGGAUGAUAACAAUGUUUUUAUUUACACAACAUCCAAUCACAUUAAAUAUGCACUAACAAAUGGUGACCACGGCAUCAUUCGAACGUUGGAUGUACCAAUCUACAUAACUAAAGUGAAAGAUUCUAAUGUGUAUUGUUUGGAUAGAGAAUGCAGACCCAGAGUUUUGACUAUUGAUCCCACAGAAUACAAAUUCAAACUUGCACUUGUGAAUCGAAAAUAUGAAGAGGUUUUACAUAUGGUAAGGAAUGCCAAAUUAGUUGGACAGUCCAUCAUUGCAUAUCUUCAAAAGAAAGGCUAUCCAGAAGUUGCCUUGCAUUUUGUAAAAGAUGAAAAAACUAGAUUUGCUCUUGCAUUAGAGUGUGGUAAUAUUAUGGUUGCUCUUGAUGCUGCUAGGAUCCUGGAUGAUAAAGCAUGUUGGGAUAAGCUUGGUGAAGCUGCUCUACUUCAUGGCAACCAUCAGGUAAUUUAG